GAUUUGGACUCUCUAUAGUGUAGUUUAUUGUACUCCCCACUGUACAGUAAACGCGUUAAACUGUUGGUUGUCAAACGUUUCUGAUAGGAGCUAUCAAAAUGCAUGAUGCGUACAAAGAAACGUCAAUAUUAAAUAUUUCUGUACAAAUAGAAUCUAUGGCUGCAUAUGAUGACAAUUUAUUAAUUGGUACUAGAGAAGGUCAUCUACUUAUGUAUAAUGUACCUUCUAUAUCAGAUGAUAAUUAUAAAUUGGAAUUACUACGUCAUAGCAAAAAUUUUAACAAAAAACGUAUCAAUCAAAUAGAUGUUGUGCCAGAGCAUAAUUUAUUAAUAAUUUUAACAGAUAAUAUUAUAUGCAUUCAUGAUUUAAAUUCACCAAAUUUUCAACAAAUUUCUCAAUUACAAAAAACUCGAGGUGCUACCCUAUUUACUUUAGAUGUACAAACAAGUACAAUUGGUGAAAAAAAUACAAUUGUACGUUUAUGUGUUGCUGUAAAACGUAAACUACAAUUAUAUUCUUGGAGAGAAAAGAAGUUUGAAGAAUAUAAAAACUUUGAACUUUCUGUAUCAGAUAUACCACGUGAACUGUCUUGGUGUGGUGAGGCAUUAAUUUUGGGUUUCCGUGGAUUAUCAUAUACAAUUUUGGAUUUAAAUGGAAAACCCAAAGAGUUAUUUCCAACAGGCAAGUCUCCUGAACCAAGCAUUACCAAACUGUCUGAUAAUUCCUUUGUAUUAGGAAAAGAUUCUCAAUCUUUCAUUAUGGAUACAACUGGGGAAUUGAUCCAACAUAAUCCAUUAAAAUGGUCUGAUACACCAAGUGCAAUAGCAUGGGAUGAUCCUUAUCUACUUGGAAUUGUACAUGACAAGUUAGAAAUUUACACUACAGAGGGUUGUAUACAUAUUCAAACAAUAAAGGAUUUGAACAAAGCUAGAUUAAUAUAUAGAUGUAAGCAGGGAAAGGUGUUUGUAGCAUCAAUUAGUCAUAUUUGGUGUGUCAAAGCAAUUGAUGUAACACACCAAAUUAGAACACUACUUGAACAAGCUCAAUUUCAGUUGGCACUGAAACUAACUAGUUUAUCAGAUAUAUCUGAAGAAGAGAAAGUUAAACAAACAUAUAAAAUCCAAACAUUAUAUGCUCAUCAUCUCUUUCGUAAUAAAAGAUUUCAAGAUGCAAUGGAUUUAUUUUUAAAAAUAGGAACAGAUCCAUAUGAAGUAAUUACAUUGUUUCCUGAUCUGGUUACUCCUUCAAGUAAUAAUUCAGAAGCAAGUGAUCCUACUUUUCCCAAAUUACAAGAUCAUGAUUUAGAAAAGGGUUUGCGUGCAUUGAUAGUUUUCCUUACUGAAGUUAAGCGUAAAUUGCUUGGUGAUUCAAAAUCAAAGGAGAAAGAUAAAGAUAACAAUAAAGAAAAAAGUGUAAUCGAAGGAGAGAAAAAUAUGACAGCAGUGGCUACAGAACAACUUUUAAAAAUUAUAGACACAACUUUGUUAAAAUGUUAUGUACAGACUACUGAUGCAUUAAUAGCACCAUUACUUAGAUUGAAUCAUUGUCAUUUAGCAGAAGCUGAGAAAACUCUGUUAAUGCAUCAAAAAUAUCCUGAGCUUAUCAUACUGUAUCAGACUAAAGGACAACAUAAAAAAGCAUUAGAACUUCUGGAAAAACAUGCGAAGGAGAAUGAUUCUAGUUUAAAGGGUACUGAAAGAACAAUACAAUACUUGCAACAUCUUGGAAAAGACCAUAUGGAUUUAAUUUUAAAAUUUGCUGGGUGGGUCUUGAAUGAAGAUCCAGAACAAGGGAUUAGAAUUUUUAUGGAAGAUAUACAAGAAGUUGAACAAUUACCAAGACCAAAAGUAUUAGACUAUCUUCUCCGUUGUCACAAAGAUUUAGUUAUAACAUACUUAGAACAUGUUGUACACGUCUGGGAAGACACUAAUCCAUUGUAUCAUAAUGUUUUAAUACAUCAGUAUAAAGAAAAAUGUUUAACAUCCAUGAGCGAAAAUGCAACGCCAGCCGAAAAACAAACUGCACAGCAUAUUAGACAGAAAUUACAGCAAUUUUUGGAGAAAUCUGUGCAUUAUACUCCAGAAACGAUAUUAGUACAUUUCCCCUUCGAUAAUUUGUUCGAGGAACGGGCAAUCAUUCUUGGACGACUAGGACACCAUCAACAAGUAAUAUCUAUUUACGUCGGUCUCCUUAAUGACACAGCAAAAGCCAUUGAAUAUUGCAACAGUGUGCAUGCUAGGUAUCAAAAGCAAGACAGUGUAGAUAAGCAAAAACAAUCUGAUGGAGCAGAUGAGGUUUAUGUCUUGCUUAUUCAACAACUGUUAAAACCUGAUAAUGAAGGAUUUUUGAUGACAGGACGUAAUCCAGAAAUUCAAAGAACACCACAACCUGACUUAGAAAUGGCCCUUCAGAUACUUGAAAAACAUGCAUCAAAAAUAAAUCCAUUGAAAGCAAUAGAGGUUCUGCCAGAUACAGUUCCUAUAGGUAGAAUCAAACACUUUUUAGAAGUCAGCUUACAAGAGAAAUUAAAUGCUAGGAGGAAGAUACAAGUCUUAAAAGGAUUAUUAUAUGCUGAACAUUUACAAGUACAAGAGCAACGAAUGCAUUACGAAUCACAGAGUGUUCUUAUGACGGAAUUUAAUAUAUGUCCAGUAUGUAAAAAAAGAUUUAGUAAUCAGAGUGCAUUUGCGAGGUAUCCAAACGGUGAUAUUGUACAUUACUCGUGUCAAGAUCGUAAAGGAUAAGUUGCAUAUAGUUCAGAUAUAUUUAUUAUACUAUUUGUUAAGCAAUGUAAAAUGUACACUCUGCUGUACCUCUGCUCAUGCUAUGUAUAUAAAUGUACACAUUUUCCAUUUGCCUUCCUA